CCGGCGCAGUUCAACAAUGGCUGAAACGAAGGCUAGAUGUCACUGCUCUGUUCCACUUUGUAAAUCGAACAAACAACGCCAACCCUACUUAAGUUUCCAUGGAUUCCCGACUGAAUUGAGUCUAAGGAAGAAGUGGAUUAAAGCGGUUCGCCGGGAUGAGGGGCCAAACUUUAAAAUAAAACAAGGUAGCACGUUUGUUUGUAGCCGGCACUUUAGUGAAUCAGACUACACUAACGCUACAGGUAGUGCUAGCAGGCUAGCGUUAGCUGACGUGGCUAACUUUACCAACCGAGGUCGCAUCAAGCGUCUGCAAAUCGGUUCUGUGCCCUCCCGUUUCCAGUGGAACAACUGGGGACUGCCAAGAAGGGAGUCUGCUUAUAAAAGAGCAUCAACUCGCUUAGGCCAUGACGUUUGUCCAGCCCUUCCUCUGGAGCAGCCCCUACCAUGUGAGGAAGAGGCGAUGGAGGAGGUCGCAGCUUCGGUGGUGAUGACAGAACAUGAUUACGGUUCUGCUCUUAAACCAGGUGCACUGGAUGCUGCUGCUGCACACAUACAGCAACUGGAAGACAAAAUCAAGGAGCUGACAACAGAGCUGUCACAGCUGAAAGUGGGUGAAGUGCAUUUUCACCGAUUUUGUGUCUCAGACAAGGACAUCCUUUUUUACACAAGAUUCACAGUUGCUGCAGGCUUGCAAGAGAAGGUGCUGGCUGACAUGUUUCAGGUCAGUGUGUCCACUGUCUCCCGUGUUGUUAUAACGUGGGCCAACUACCUUUACCUGCUCCUUGGCUCCCUUCCCAUCUGGAUGAGUAAACAGCAAGUCAAGAACACCAUGCCAAGCAAAUUUGUGCAGUACAGUCCAGAUGUUCGGGUAAUCAUCGACUGCACCGAGGUGCGAUGCCAGAAUCCAUCAUCCCUCACUCUCCAUCUCUUCACCGGCUCCAUCUCUGACCGAGAGCUGACUGAACAAAGUGGACUGCUGGACUUACUGGAGCCAGGAGAUGGCUGCAUGGCAGACAAGGGUUUCACCAUCGAGAAGCUGCUAGCUGACCGUGGGGCAAUGCUGAUUAUACCACCCUUCAAGAUGACAGCGCAGUUCACCAAAGAGGAUGCUCUAAAAACACAAGCAAUCGCCCGACUUCGAAUCCUCGUGGAAAGAGCAAUACGCAGAGUCAAGGAAUAUCGCAUCUGGGAACACACUCUCCCUCUAACCUUGUCUGGGACAGUCAACCAGCUGUGGACCGUCUGCUGUGUGAUGACCAACUUCCAGGGACCACUUGAUUUAAAAGGCUACAUCCCUGUUGAAUAGUGUUUCCCCCGAUCACAUGCAUUCAACUGUAUACUGAAUACAUUGUAUAUAUUGAAUGAGAUGUAUAUAAUGAAUGAGAAGUCAUUCAUCUAUAAUCAAUUGUAAAGGUCAGUCCAUCCUGAAAGUAUUCAAAUAAUGUA